AGAUAAAAGAUGCAAGUCAGAAAACGUCAGAGGAAAAGGCGAGUGAAGAGAAUUAGUGUCGUGCGAUGGACGUGCCAUAGAAAAAUGUAAUUUGUGACAGAAAGUUAUUAAAGUUCAAAAUGGGUUUUGCGAUAUCGUGGCCAACAAUGGGUAGAUUUACGAACAGAGAUUUGUUGGUGGUAGUUUUGUUUUUGUGCAGGACAAUAGUUUGUGACAGUCAGUGUCCGAAGUACGCGGAGAAGCCACUCGAGACGAGAGUGCAAGAUGCCUCCAUAGUUUUUAGAGCUGUGGUCGUACAGACACAUUACCAGAGUAAGACACUAGACUUGGCCUUAGUGUCAAUAUACAGAGGAGGCGUGGAAUUGGCUUCCAUUAGCCAAUACGCUGGUUCACCAUAUAACACUACAGAUAGACAAGUGAAUUUAAAAAUAAGUCCACAACUGGGUGACUGCUUCAAUUGGAGUAUGGCACCUUCUCAAAGCGAGCUGGUGGUUUUUGCACGGAUCAGCGAUCCUGCAGUUGACUUGGAAACCACUCCACCAGACGGGCCGUGGUUGGAGGCGACUGCUGCAGCCGUACCCUGGAGCCUUGGCGUUGAUAUUGCCAUAUGGAACGCUGUUGGUUGGGCAGGGUGGGGGGAGUGGGGCGCCUGCAGUAGGACCUGCGGAGUUGGGCGACAGACUCGCAGGAGGUACUGCUCAAAACCCACCUGCGAAGGGUACGGGGAACAGGGAAGGGCUUGCAACUCUUUCGACUGUGAAGGUACAAUAAACCCGCUGGCGCCGGGCGCUAGGCGUAAUUUUCACCCAGCGCAAGCGAGGUGGGGGCCGGUAUCAGAUCGACCACAUGCCUUCAGCCUCAGGCCGAAUUCCUACAUCUGGAUCGCAUCAUCAGAACUGUUUUCUGCUGGGAAAUCGUUCCCUAGAGAAUUCACAUUAUUCAUCUCAUUGAGGUUACGGCCGGAGAGCGGCGGCUACGGUCAAGGGACACUAUUUUCCUUGCGGUCGCGAAGGCGCACGGGUUCCUUCCUUUCCCUGGAGUUAGCGGGAAGAGGAGCAGCCAGGCUGGUGCACGCUGGCUCAGGGACCUCACGCUCCAUAUAUUUAGCUGUACCUUUGUAUGACUUCCGCUGGCAUCAUAUUGCUAUCAGUGUGCACGAUGACAACACAGUUCGCGCUUAUGUCGACUGCCGCUGGCUUCGAACUGAUGUCCUUGAGAAAGAUGCUCUUGACACGCCCAGGGACGCUGAUCUCAUUAUAGGAUAUCUUUUCUCUGGCGAUCUAGAACAGCUGGUUUUGGUGCCAAAAGCCGGCCAGGCACAGAAGCAGUGUUCCAGCCAAGUUGUCGGCAUUUCCACGCCUUAUGUCACGACACACGAGACGUAA